GUUUUAUUCUUACAUGCUAAAGGCAAUGAAACAUACAUAUGAAUUGAUAAUUUGGCGUGUCCACUGCACGCACAAUAAAGCAUGCUGAAAUUAUAUGUUCGAUAAUAAGUGAGCAUUCAUAUUCCAAUCAAAUUCUUUGCAUUAAAUAUAGCUGCGCAACAGUUUCGGGCGCCAAGUGUAAGUCCAACUAGAGCGAGAUAGUCAUAUUGCAAUUCUGCAGCCAGUGCUGGUAAGCGGCACAAUUAAUUAAUUGCGGGGUCGGCGGCAUGAGUGCAGUGAAAAUGUUUAGCGUUGAAGACGGCACAAGAUUUGAUUGAAACGAAAACAAAAUAAGAACUGCUCGUAAUUUUGCAAAUAGCGAAUGCUUGAAUUACAUAUAAGACACUCAUAUUGGCUAUUAGCUAUAAGUGUCCAUGAUCAUAUGUGUGUUUGGCGAAAGCCUUUGUGUUGUUUCCGCCGGCUGGACGCCAAAACUACAAAUUUAUUGUCAAUUGCACAAAAGUGACAAAUUAUUUUCUCGACUGCUGCGAGUGCAACGUACAGCGGACAAUUUGGAUACGCUUAACAAAGAGUGUGUGCAAUAAAUAUAAACGCCGAAUCAUCGAAUUUGUUUUUGUUUAUACCAGUUUCUGCACACAUUUCUAAAUUGCAAAACAAAAAAGUGAAAACAGGCCAAGAGCUGGCAGUAUUUGUCGCGCUGGUGGUGUACGUGCACGGGCUGAAACAGAAGCAGAAGCAGACAUCGCUGACAACCAACAGGAGGUGGGGCCCGACAUCGCCGUCGUUUUUGCUGUUACUGUUCUUGUUUUUGCUGCUGCUGCUGACAUUGUUUUUGUUUGGCACACAAAACACGCGGCGUGCAGCUUAGCAAAAGGGCGGGAAGGCAACUAUAACGGUUUACGUCCGAAUUUUUGUCACGCGUGUGUCGAUAGUUUUAUUGUUUUUUUUUUUUUUUGUUUUUCAUUAUUAUUAUUUGUGUGCAUUGCGUUUUGAAUUCAGCCUCACAAUUGGGGGGCUGCGGCGGUGGCAAUGUCGAAGCUGGGCGAGCACAAGCGUGUGUCCCUCACCACAAUCAGCACACAAAGAAGCAAUGAAGCGAGCUUCAGUUCAAUGCCACCGAUGUUCUCGCGUUUCGGUGACUUCAUGGAUCCGGACGCAGUGCAGACAAACAAGAGCAGCAAGUCGGCAACCAAAAGCGUUCGACUGGAACUGGAAAUGUUUGAGACAGACUCGAACAGGUAUCCUGAGUUCAAUUACUCAAAGCUGCUCUACUUGGAGAAGAAAAAAGCAAAAAUGCUGAAAGAAAAAACCAAUAAUGGCAGAACUGAUCCUUUCGCCGAUAAUGAUGAUGAUGUGGCACGCAUUGCCAAGGAGCUGGAGGCCAAAUAUGGCAAUGCCUAUGCCAGAGGCCGUGGCAGGCGUAAAAAGGAUGAGUUUUGUGACAUUGGAAUGGGCUACGACGAGUCGGAUUCCUUUAUAGAUAAUACCGAGGCGUACGAUGAAAUCUUGCCUGAAGAGGUGGAAACUCUCGAGGGUGGGUUUUAUAUUAACUGCGGCGCCUUAGAAUUUAAGAAUCUAAACAAAAAAUCAAGUACGCGGCGCACUGAUGCUAUUAUCAAAAUGCCGGAACGAUCACGCAAACGUGUUGUGUCCAGCAGCUCGGAUGAAUCUACUGAAUCAUCAUCAGAUUCUUCAAGUGAUAUUGAACAGAAACGAGAUGACGACGAUGCUGAUGAUGAUGACGAUGAUGAUGAUGAGGAUGAUGACGAUGAAGACGAUGAUUCGGAUUCAGAUGACAGUGAGAGCAUUGACGGCUCUGACAGCGAUAGCGAAAGCCUCGACGAUGAGACCAACGGCACGUCUGCCGAUGCCAAAAAAAAGUUGAAGCAAAGCGAUUUGAAACGUCCAAAAUCCAGUUCCGCUUCCAAGCAGAGGAUACACAGUACCAAUGCAAAGAAGCCAAGCAGCAAGCUGAACGUUGUGCCGUCCUCUUCCUCGAAUUCACCGCGUCCCAUUACCAUAGACAAUUCGGACACGGAGGAGCGGCAGGCACAGGCGCUUAAAAAAGUUGUCAAGACUACCACCGUCAAGGAUAUGCUAAAGGCUAAACGCGAUAGCUUCCUCAAAUCGCAAGGUCAACUCGAUGGACCAGCGAAGAACACUGUAAAUGGCGAAGUUAAGAGCAUCUCCACGAGUAUUGUUGAAUCCAGUAGCGACAACGACGACACCGAUUCAGCCAGUGAGCAAGGGAAAUCGGAAAAGUUGCCCAAGAACAAGGACGCCAAUGAAAAUCUACGAUCGGCAGAUACGAUUCUACCGGCAACACUCGAUAGAGAUAUUCUUGGGAACAUUAAUAGCUUCAAGGAACUGGUUAGAAGCAGAGAUUUGUGUGGCAAGCGGUUUUACUUUGAUGGCAAACUCACGACGCUUUUGCUCAAGAUUUACGAGGCCCUGCUUUGCACGGACCGCAAUGAACGAAAUAUGGUGUUUGCGCAUCUGGAAUACCAGCUGCAGUUGCCGAAAUAUUUUGUCCUGCGUAAGGCCAAGGCGCUGCGCGCCAAGGAGGAGAAAAAUAAGACGACAAACGCAUUGGAGCGAUUACGCAAAGCAGUCGCCGAGGUGAUGCCUAAAGCAAUUGCCAAUUACGAGAUCGAACUUCAUAAAUUUGCUGAGCUAGCAGCGGCAGAUGUCAACGCAGAGCAUCCGCCAAAGAUGCCGCGGAAAAAGUUUCAGUGGACAAAUGAGCUGCGCGAACGGCUUUACGAGGUUUACCAAGCGCGCUGGACAUCUUACGCAGUGCUUGGCAAGCGAAAGGAUUCACUUGAGCAGUUCAUCAACGGCUACCUGAAAGAAAAAAUAGUGGAUGUUUGGGCUACCGGCUGGAUGCGUUACGAAGAUUUGCAGCGUGAAAUCGAACGGCACAAGAACGCUAGCAAAAAGCUUAAAGAGAAAGCAAAGAAACAGUCAAUAGGCUCAACGACAACCACCACAGUCGCAGCAUCCGCAAUACAAACAACCAAUAUUUACCUGAAGCAAAUCGACGAUCUGACGGUGACUGAACAGAGUCGGUCGCGUGCCAAUUCCGAUACGGAUUCAGCUACAAGUGCCUCAUCCAAUAGUGUCAAGCGUAAACUUGAACUGCCACCCAGCACCAAUGCUGCCACGACACAGCAAAAGCCAAGCGCAAAGCCGCCCAAAAUCAAGUUCCAAAAACAAUUGGCGGCCACGCUGGCACAGAUGUCGCAAGUAAAUAGCGCAUUGCCGUUGGCACCAGCUGCCAUUGAGACGAUGUCGCUGCCAGCUGUCAACAAUUACCUGAAGCAAUUCGAGGACAUUACUGUUACCGCUCCACAAAGUCGCUCGUGUGCCAAUUCUGAUACAGAUUCCGUUAAAAGUGCCUCAUCGACCAGUCUGAAGCGCAAGCUUGAAAAUCCUGCCGUAGGAACACAAUCGAAGCCAAUCAGCAAGCCGCCGAAGAAGAAGAAACCGCUCACCUCUCCACAGCCACAGAUGUCACAGUUGGAUACGCUAAUGUCGCAGCCGAGCACUUCGGCGCAGGCAGCGGCACUUAACGCAGCUGUUGUGGCAGCAGCAGCUAGUAUGCUGGAGCUGGCGUCCCCUACUAAAACCGAUCACAGCAUCUACAAUAUAAUAACAUCAACAUCGAUGAACCCAACGGCGGUUAGUGUCGCUGCUCCCAUAAAUAGUCUACCGCAGGCUGCAGCACAUUCCACAUCAACUGUCAGUACAGCUCGUCUCGUUCCGCAUGUUAUCAACUUGGACGACUAUAAGAGUCCCAGCGAUAUACUGCAGACAUCACAGCAACUGGCCGCCAGCAAAUGGCAGCCCGUUUCUGUGCCAGCAGUGCCUCCCGCAGUUGUGCGAUGCGAGAGCAGCAGCGAGUCGGACGGCGUGGAGAUUGUGGGCGUCUAUCCGGCGGUGGUCAAGCAGAUACUUCCAAAUCAAACCAAGUCCAGGUCGAAAGCCAGCCAGAAGAGCAAACCGACAUCCGUGAUUAGCACGACGGGCACGGUUCCCAAUGGAGUUAAUGGAACGCUUGGGUUUAAUUUAGAAAACAUGUAUGUGUACAACAACAAUAAUACUGGCCAUAAGGUGGGAACUGGAGUCAUACGCGCUACUGCGGCAACUAACACGACGGCAAAUCUUGGCUAUGAUCUCAGUCGCAAUCCGCAGAUAAUUAAAAAAUUAUCGGAACUAUCGGCGCUCGAUAAACAACUAAAAUGGUCACCGUGCUCGCUGCUAUCCGGCGGUAUCAAAGCUGCUGGCACCAGCGGUGGUGCGGGCGCUAGUGCUGGAGCGGGUGCUGGAACACCAACAACGCAUCAAUGACAUACGGGGAAUGCCACACAGCCCCAAUCGGUGUCGGUGUCGGCAUUCUAUAAUCAUGAGCAGGCUGUGGCUGCCGCCUUGGUGCUCUCCUCGAUGAGUGCCUCUGCCGCCCGUUAUGAUGCGUACGAUGUGCAGCUGGGCCUGUUGAAUGGUUCGCUGGUUACCAGUAACCAGAUGUCCAGUGCCUCAACUCAACCAGUUGUAACAGCAACAACAACACCACAAACACUGCCACAAGUAUUUCUGAAGCCUUCCCCGCCGCCUUCAGCCGCUGUCGAUGGGAUUAGUGACAUGGCAGCAAAUACGGCGCAAGCGGCGCAACUGCCCACAAAAUUCAUUUAGAUAUAUGGAUAGCACACACACGCUCCCUAAACGAUUCUGAGUUCAACAUUUAUAGAUCUAUACAUAUAUACUUAUAUACAUAUAUGUAUAUCUCCGAGAGUGGAGAGAAUUAAGACGCUUAGUUUGUAGGUUUCAUAAGAAUUAGUCAUUUUAAAUUGAUAUUGUGGGUCUGCAUCACUGCCAAUAUUUAUCAUGAGAGGAUGCAGGAAAUGCUCAACAAUCAAAUGAUGCAUGUACGAAAUAAGGGUAUGCCGUCUUCGGUGUGUUCGUGUGUGUGUGCCGGAUGUGAUGUUUUCGUAUUUGUUUUGUAUUUUUCGUUUAUAAUUCUUUGAAGAAUAUCAAGUCCACCAACUUAAAGUAUGUACUUUGAAAGAGGUUAAGAAUCAAUCGAGUUGUAUCUAGUUAUUUAUAGUGAAUCAAUUUUUAUUAAAUAAAAGAAAAAUAAGUUAUAA